AUUUUUUUAACAAACAAGAAAUAGGAGAGAAAAAACGAAGAAAAAAAGCAGAAGACAAAACCAAGAUGGAGGAUUUCCAAUCUCCUAGAGUACGAUCUUACAAGUCGUAUGAAGGAGAUAGGAACCUCCAACUGGUUGAUCCUGCCGAUCUAAAACCGGUGAGAGGAAUUUAUGUUGUUAGAGAAUCAAAACAUAACCGAUCACCGAUGACAUCGGAUCUGUGGCGCAAAAUUUCUUACAAAGACUUGCCCGUUAGACCUAGCAGGAAAUCUACCUCUCAUUCAACAUCGUUAAAAGGAUGGUGGAACGAUCCAGAGAUAAAGAGAAAGCGACGAGUGGCGAAAUACAAACUUUAUUCGGCUGAAGGAAGGAUGAAAUCAACUUUGAAAAAGAGUUACAAAUGGAUUAAGAUUCAAUGCUCCAAGAUUAUUCAUGGGAUAUAGGUCUCUCCUAUUAUAUAAUCUGUUUAGAAGUUUGUUCUGAAAUUCAAUAUAUUUAAUUUAUUUUGUUCAUUAUGUAAUUGUGUUCCUUGUGUAUUUCUAUUACAUUCAAUUGACUUGCACAUCCAAAAAAAAAACUAUGUUAAUUUGAAAAAGUUAUCUAA